AUGGAGUUAGGAAUGAGAGAUUUUCUGAAAAAGUGUGGUGGCGCCGCCGUGAUAGACGGUGGUUUUGCAACUGAGCUUGAACGCCAUGGAGUAGACCUCAACGAUCCACUUUGGAGUGCCAAAUGCCUCUUCACUUCUCCUCACCUCGUCCGAAGGGUUCACCUUGAUUACCUUGACGCAGGAGCAAACAUAAUAUUAACAUCAUCUUAUCAGGCUACAAUUCAAGGUUUUGAAGCUAAAGGCUUCUCAAAGGAAGAAGGUGAAACUCUCCUUAGAAGAAGCGUAGAGCUUGCAAUCGAGGCGCGCGAUAUUUAUAACGAUAGGUGCACGAAGGAUUCGUUUGAUUUUAUCAGAGAUGAAAGGCAUGGAAGCCGUCCAAUUAUAGUUGCAGCUUCUGUUGGAAGCUAUGGCGCCUAUUUGGCCGAUGGCUCUGAAUAUACAGGGAACUAUGGCGAUUCCGUCACUGUUCAGACACUCAAAGAUUUUCACAGGGAAAGAGUAAAGAUUCUCGUUGACGCAGGUGCUGAUUUAAUUGCUUUUGAAACAAUUCCAAACAAGCUUGAUGCACAGGCUUAUGUUGAACUUAUGGAGGAAGAAGGAAUAGAUACUCCUGCAUGGUUUUCUUUUUCUUGCAAGGAUGAAAACAAUGUGGCUAGUGGUGAUUCUAUUUUAGAUUGUGCUUCGAUUGCUAAUUCGUGUCGACAAGUUGUUGCGGUUGGAGUUAACUGUACUGCUCCUAGAUUUAUUCAUGGCUUGAUUUCAUCUAUUAAAAAAGUAACAACUAAACCAAUACUGGUGUAUCCCAACAGUGGAGAGACUUAUAAUCCUGAUAACAAUCAAUGGGUGAAAUCAAGUGUGGAAGCAGAGGAAGACUUUGUCCCUUACAUAGGAAAGUGGCGUUAUGCUGGGGCUUCUCUCUUUGGUGGCUGCUGUAGAACCACUCCCAAAACAAUUAGAGGCAUAGCUGAGGCAAUAUAUGAAAAACCUCAUGGAAAAUCAAUAUAA